AUGGACGAAGAAGAGGCCCUCAAAAGCAGUGAAGAACGAGAACUUGCUUUGGCUUUACAUGAGGGUGCACUUAGAGGCGAUUUGGCUACUGUUAAAACAGCCCUGAAAAUUGGGGCUCAAGUAGAUUGCAGAAAUAAUUAUGGAAGAGCCCCUAUACAUUGGGCAGCCUGCAGGGGCAGUUGUGACGUCAUAGAAGCCCUUGUUCAGGCCAAAUGUGAUAUUGAAGCCAGAGAUAAGUAUGGAAUGCGACCUUUGCUGAUGGCAGCCUGGCAUGGACAUAUUGUGGCAGUCAGGAUGUUAAUUGGAUAUGGAGCUUGUGUCACAGUAUUAAAUAAAAAACAUUACGGCAUAUUGACAUGUGCAGCAAGGAACGGCCACGCCGACUGCGUCGCCUUUCUGCUGCAAACAGUCGAGACCCUUGACAAGGAGCAGGGCGACCUUCAAGGGCGCACAGCCCUUCACCACGCGGCCGCCCAAGGUCAUACAGACACUGUUAAGAAACUAUUGGAGAGUGGGUCGUCGUUGAUGGCCAAAGAUAAGGGAGGUAGGACGCCUCUGCAUUUGGCAGCAGAAGGCGGCCACGUGGCAGUAUGCGAGUUGCUGUCAUCUAGAGGUGACACCAAUUCGAAAUCUUUAUCCUUAAGUGACCAAGGAGGUUGUACGCCACUGCAUUUAGCAGUGAUGAACAAACAUUGUGAGGCCACGAAGGCGCUACUGACUUUGGGGGCUUCUGCUGAAUGUGUAAACGAGAAAGGUUUUACACCUCUGCAUUUAGCCUGUCGUCUUGGGUGCAGAGGAAUUACUGAAACUUUAAUACAAUUUGGUGCCCCUUUAAAUAAACAAGCCAAGAAUGGAAACACUCCUCUUCACGAAGCCUGUCUAUCAAACGAGAUGGAGCUGAUGGAAUUGUUGAUAUCCAAAGGAGCAGAUUUAAAUUGCGUCAACGUUAGAAACGAAGCUCCGAUCCACCUAGCAGCAGAAUUGGGCAGGACAGAGGCGUGCAGGAUGCUUUUAGCAGCAGGGGCUGAUUUGAGUCAUCAACAAGACACCAAUGGAAGUGGGCCAAGGUCGCCAAUGUUUUUGGCAGCUAGAGGAAGCUUUACGGCAAUUGUGGAUAUGAUAAUACAGACUGCCAGGCUAGAUUACCCAACCAAAGUAGUAAUAGUCCCUAUCAAAUAUUAUUAAAAGAAUUCAUCAUCAACCUGCAACUCUGAAGAUUCUGAACAUCUUCAAAAAAUUUUGCACAAACUGUCCCACAGAUUUCUUCAAGACGGUGACUGGAGGGCUUUGGCGUCUCAUUGGGCCUUCACCGAGGACCAAAUCAAGGCCAUUGAGCACCAGUAUGCAGGUCCCAAUAGUUAUAAGGAGCACGGUUAUAGAAUGUUGACGAUUUGGUUGAAUGCUUUGCCUCGUAGUGCAGUUCCUUCCAAAGAACUUUGUUCAGGUCUAAGGGCUAUUGGAAGGGACAAUAUUGCACAAAAGGUUACUGCUAAAUUGUUGAAGGAAAGUCAGAAAUCUGAGAGCAGACAUCGAGAUAGACAUUUGUCUCAGUGUGUUGUAAUUUAA